AUCGAAUUUAAAAUAUUUGAUUUGUUUACAUCCCUACCCAUCUGUUUGAAGUCUUCCACAAUUUCACGUGCUUGAUUUGAGAUGAUAAUCUUCUCUUUCCUUCUUGUUUUGGAAUCCAUGUGUUGGCCAAAGGAGAUGAACCGCAGGGGUCUCUAUCAGCAAGGUCGUCGAUUUAGGUAAUAGUGACUAGCUCCAACAUCAACACCGUCGGUGAUUCGCUUCAGCGGUUGGUGGAUUUCAGAAACAUGGUCGGGUGAAAUCCCUGCACUGACGGUAGAUCUCUACUGCAAUAUUUUUGAGCAGCAGCAGUCGCAACAUUGGUGAAUUCAGCAUCCUUGGCGGUAAUUCUAGCAAAGACCACAAUGAUGACGGUAAACCUUUGGCGGUAAUGGAGGCGGCAGAUUGGAAUGAUUCAGAGGGGGGGAUGGGCAAAGGCAGCACCUUACGGCGCCACCCGAGUUAGAACCAUCUUCUCUCGCUCAAGAACAUCGUUUCAGCAAACCACUAUGCACGGUCAACCAUGAAAUGGCGGCAGCUAGCAACAAUCCACAUCGCGGUUGGCAACGAGACACAUCGGAACCAACAGAUUUGUUCUAGGGAUCGGCAGAUCUAUUGUGGACUUUUGGUGGAGGAAAACUUAGAUUGGGCACUUGAGGGGUUCUCUCCUUUUUUAUUUGCGUCACCCAUCUCCAAAAACAUGCCUCCAAUUUGGGUUUUUUUUUGGGGAUAAACCACAUGAAGGAACUAAAAAAUAUGGCCUUUCGCCCAGGUCGGUGCAAAAAUGAUGGUGUAAAUUAUCGACCAGUAUAUCGUUUUUAGCGGGGCAAAAACAAUAAACUAGUCUAAAAAAUACACCAAAAUAUAAACAAUGAGAUUUUGACGUGGAAACCCAAUCGGGAGAAAACCACGGGACGUUUUUGGCGGUACCUUGCAAACGAAGGAUUUUUAUUAAUAUCGGGGAUGUGUACACGGUACAUGAUUUAGGCUAAGAAGCCAUUAAUAGAGCAUUUAAGCUCUUGAAGAAAGAAAAAAUAUACUACAAAAUAAUCUAGAGAGAGAGUUGGGAAGGGAGAGGGAACGAAUUGGCUCCCCCCAUUUUGAGGGCAAACCCUCUCUUUUAUAGGAGGGAGGGGAAGCAUCUUCGAAGGAAUAUUCUAUUAUUCCUUAAUUUUAUUAAACAUGCCCCGUUUGAAUGUUAUUCCUUAAUAAUUAGAAAAUGUGGACCGGGCCACGGAGCAUUUGUAAAGUUAAUUUUGACUAGCAUAACGAAACCGUACCAAGCAAAUACUGGGAACUCUUCUUUGUUUUCCUCGGCUCUGGAGACUAGCCACGCUAAUCACGCACGAGAAAAGGCCACCGGCGACCGGCAAAUUGACGAAACGGAGGCGGGAUACCCUCAUCCGCGCACGCCUGGAGCUCCUCAACUUUCUCCUGGUACAGGGUGUAUCACACAUAUCUGUGCUUGCUAGCUGAGUAUUGUUAUGGCAGACUCUUGGCCUGAAAAGAGUGGUGAAAUGAGAGAUGGAGAUAAAGAGGAUAGGGAUUCACAGAAAGAUAGGGCUCGUAGUCGAGAUAGAAGGAAGGAAGAUAGAGAUGCUCUAGAAAAGGAAAAGACAAAAGACAGGGUUCGAGAGAAAGACAGUGAUAAGGAUAGGCAUAGAGACAAAGAGAGAGAUAGAGCAAGAGAGAAAGACCGUAGAUAUCAUGAAAAGGAAAGUGAGCGAGAUAAGGAUUUGGAGAGGGAUGGUGGACGUGGUCGGCAUAAGGAGAGAGGAAAAGACAAAACUAGGGAUACGGACAGGGACAAAGAUAAGUACAGGGAAAGGACAAAAGAUAGAGAAAAAGAAAAGGAGAAGGAUAGAGAGAAGCAAAGAGAAAGGGAACGAGAAUAUGAUAGGGUGAGAAGUAAAGACACAAGUGAAAAAGAAAAGGGAAGACAUAGAGUUAAGGAGCAUGAUAGGCAGAAGUCAAGAGACGCAGAUGGAAGUGGUGGGAAACUACAAAAUGAAGAUCAUAAUAGGAACUUGGACGUGGGUAAGGAUGAAAUGUCAAGAUUCAAUGGUAAAGAUGGUGAUGGUGGGGACUCUCCUGAACAGGAUAAGGCGCUAGCUGAUGAUGUUGGUACGCCUCUCAUGAAGGGCGUACCUGUUGGACCUGGAUCUCAACCUUCUGUUUCAGAACUGGAGGAGCGCAUUUUGAAGAUGAAGGAAGAAAGAUUGAAGAAAAGAACAGAAGGUACUUCUGAGGUUUUAGACUGGGUCAAUAAGAGCCGCAAAAUUGAGGAGAAAAAGAAGGCUCAGAAGGCCAAAGUGGUGCAGAUCUCAUCAUUUUUUGAAGAGCAGGAUGAGAUUGGUCAAGAAGAUGAUGAUAGUGAGAUAGCAACACAACACUCUACUGAAGAGCUAGGUGGAGCUAAGGUUCUCCAUGGGCUUGACAAAGUGCUUGAAGGUGGUUCAGUUAUCUUAACACUCAAAGAUCAGAGCAUACUUUCUGGCGAUGACAUAAAUCAAGAGGUUGAUAUGCUUGAAAAUGUGGAGAUUGGAGAGCAAAAGCGGAGGGAUGAUGCAUACAAAGCUGCAAAGAAGAAAACAGGGAUUUAUGAUCGGAGUGACGAGCCUGGUUUUGAAAAGAAAAUGCUUCCUCAAUACGAUGAUCCUAUGGAGGAAGAGAGCGUAGCUCUUGAUGAAACUGGACGUUUUAGCGGUGAUGCAGAGAAGAAACUGGAAGAGCUCCGAAAAAGAAUUCUAGGGGUUGCCACAAAAAAUCAUGCUGAAGAUCUCAAUUCUUCAGGCAGAGUAUUGACAGACUAUUAUACUCAAGAAGAAAUGCUUCAAUUUAAGAAGCCCAAGAAAAAGAAGUCACUAAGGAAGAAAGAGAAGCUGGACAUUAAUGCCCUUGAAGCAGAGGCUAUCUCUACUGGAUUGGGUAUUGGGGAUCUUGGUUCUCGGAAUGACAAGACAAGGCAGCAACUGAAGGAGGAAAAUGAGAGAGCUGAGACUGAGAAGCGAGAUAAGGCAUACCAGACUGCAUACGCAAAGGCCGAGGAAGCUUCUAAAGCUCUUCGACCUGUUACUGCCAAGGCUGAGGACGAUGAUGAUGCUGCAUUUGAUGAUGAUGCUGAUGAUGAGGAGCUUCGAAAAUCAUUGGAAAGGGCAAGAAAAUUAGCUCUGAGAACGCAAGAGGCCAGUAAAUCUGCACCAGAGACCAUUGCAUUUCUCGCCACUUUGAAUGCAAACAAUUCAACUGUAGAUAAUAAUAGCCACACCUCUGCAUCUGGGGACUUGCAAGAGAAUAAGGUCGUCUUCUCAGAAAUGGAAGAGUUUGUCUGGGGUCUUCAGCUCGAUGAAGAUGCAAAGAAACCUGGUGAUGAAGAUGUUUUCAUGGAAGAAGAUGUGGUACCUAAUUCUCCUGAUAAAACAUCUAUAACCGAGGAUGGUGGCUGGUCCGAGGUGAAAGAAACUGAGAAAAAGGAAACAAAUGUGAAGGAGGAGGAGAUAGUUCCAGAUGGUACGAUACAUGAAGCUGCUGUUGGGAAGGGGUUAUCUGGAGCUCUCAAGCGUCUGAAAGAUCAUGGAUCACUCAAGGAAACAAUUGAAUGGGGUGGUCGAAGCAUGGACAAGAAGAAAAGUAAGCUUGCUGGCAUUCUUGAUGAGGAAGGGCCUAAGGAAAUACAUAUCGAAAGGACUGAUGAGUAUGGUCGAAUUUUGACUCCAAAAGAGGCAUUUAGGUUGAUUUCCCAUAAGUUUCACGGAAAGGGCCCUGGUAAAUUGAAACAAGAAAAACGCAUGCGGCAGUACCAAGAAGAACUAAAGAUAAAACAAAUGAAAAAUUCAGACACACCAUCGCAAUCAGUGGAGAGAAUGCGGGAAGCUCAAGAAAAACUGAAGACUCCUUAUCUAGUUCUUAGUGGAAAUGUUAAACCAGGGCAAACAAGUGAUCCCAGAAGUGGUUUUGCUACUGUCGAGAAGGAUUUUCCUGGGAGUUUAACACCGAUGCUCGGCGAUAAAAAGGUUGAACACUUCCUGGGAAUAAAGAGAAAACCCGAGUCCAGUGGGGACCCUGCCUUGCAAAAGAAGCCUAAGAACUGAUUCGCCAGUGUUUUGCAAUGCAUUUUUGCAACUGGCCUUGAACACUACAUCCUCAAGGUGAAUAUUGUCAAUCUUGUUGCCAAGUUCAAACGUUAUAACCAGAAAUUGGUACUCUACAAGAUUGUGUAGUUUUGUAUUCCUCCCCUUCCCCCCCUUGGGAUUUUGAUGAUUGAGUCUCAUGUUUCCUUUGCUACACUUUGCAUUAAAAAAUAUAUAAAUUUGAAGUUGUGUUUUCUGAACAUCUCUGAUUCGCCAUUGCAGUCACAAGUCUCUGCUUUGUAGUU